AUGCUUCGUAUCAAGCAGGAAAUAGCAUCGUCGACGGCAUCAGACAAAAUAGUUCCUCUGAAACAAGUUAGUGUUGAUGCAAAAAUUCGCUCAUUUGCCGCCGAUGUAAUAGUUACACAAGUAUUUCAAAACGAUGAAUCUGUACCAGUUGAAGCUGUUUAUUGUUUUCCUAUCGAAGAGAAUGCAGCUAUUUAUGGCUUCGUAGCUCGCAUAGAUGAUGAACGUGAAAUUGUUGCUCAAAUCAAGGAGAAAAAAACAGCACAGCAAGAAUAUACACAAGCUCUUGCUCAAGGUCAUGGUGCUUAUCUAUUAGAACAAGAUGAAGCUUCAAAUGACAUAUUUAUCAUUAGUGUAGGAGCUUUAAAACCCGGUAGUCAAUGUCAAGUUACAAUUAGUUAUGUGAGUGAACUCGAUUUAUUGCAUACGAUCAAAAAGCCGACGAUUCGUUUCGUUGUUCCUACUACAAUCGCUCCUCGUUACUCUCCUUCACAUAAAAGUAUUGCAUCACCAGGUGAAACUCAAGUGGAAUAUGCUGAAUCAGUACCUUAUACAAUUGAGUUUAUGUGUCAGGUGGAAAAACGUGAUCAACAUAUUGCUUCUGUAUCGUCUCCUUCACAGCCAAUCAAGAUCGAUUGUAAUAAUGAAGACAUGUUUCUUGUCACACUUAGCCAACAAGAUGCUGCACUUGAUCGAGACAUUAUUGUUGACGUUGAAUUAUCUGAUAUACGAAGCAAUACAAUUGCUGCCAUUGACAAUAGCGCUGUUAUGGUCUCAUUCAUACCGAAUGAACAAGAUUGUCGACGAGACUUAAAUAAUGCAAUGAACGAAUUUUUUUUCGUCAUUGAUUGUAGUGGUUCGAUGGAAGGUGAUGACAAGAUUGGUUUAGCACGCAAAGCAAUGUUACUUUUUCUCAAGAGUCUGCCAGUCAAUUGUCGUUUCAAUAUUAUUCGUUUUGGAUCUCAUUUUUCAGCACUUUUUACUGAUCAAGUGGCACGAGAGUAUAAUAAAGAGAAUAUGAGUCAAGCUGAAACACUGAUCAAGGAUACGAAAGCCGAUCUUGGUGGCACAGAAUUGCUUAUGCCACUGCAAUGGUUAAAGGAGAACAAACCACUUACAAGUGGUGUAAGACAAAUCUUUUUAUUGACAGAUGGAGAAGUUUCCAAUGUUACUGAAGUAACAAACCUCUGUCGUGAGAUGUCCGAAUACACACGCAUUUUCUCGUUUGGUUUGGGUCAUUCACCAAGUCGUGCCCUUGUUAAAAGUCUAGCUCAUGCUACCAAUGGCUACUUUAAUUUCAUUGCGCCACAUACAAAUGUGGACAUCUAUGUUGCUGAACAGCUUGCUCGUGCUUUGCAACCAAGUAUUACAGAUGUGUACGUCAAAUGGAAUACAAACCAACGUAUCCUUCAUAAAGUGCCCGAACAUGCUCCACCCGUAUUUGUCGGAGAUCGAUUGCUUUUCUAUGCUUUGUUCGAUGAGACAAUGCCAUUUGACCAUACAACAACUAUUGAACUAUUUACUGGCAUGCAACAAAAACCCAUUGGUUUAGCUCGUAUAGAUCAUGUUCCAUCAGUACUUAGCUCGCAACUGGUUAUGCAUUUGGCAGCAAAAGCGUUGCUCCAUGAACAUUUGAAUAAUCAUGAAACCAUAGACAAAGAACUUCUUGUUAAUGUUUCAAUUAAAUAUGGUAUUCUGUGUCCAUAUACCGCUUUUAUUGGUGUGGAAAGACGGUUGAAUGCUAAUAGUGAAAGUAAUAUCGAUAUGGAACUUCGCGAAGUACCAAUUAUAAUACGUAAGACAUGUCGAGAACCAGUCUCACGAUUUCAUACGGUUUCAUCUAUGUCUUCUCAACAACGUCAGUCUUUGUUUCGUAAAGUUGAUAGUCUUAUGCAUAAGGCCAUGGUAUUGGAGCAAGGUGAAUGUAUCAACAAUAUAGAAUGUUCUAUUUCUGUCGUAACCACUGAUGCUCGUCCAUUGAAUAAAGCAGUGCUACGAAAAAAAUCUCUCAGACCCCGUAUCGGCUCGAUUCUGCAGCCUGCCAUUCAUUUUGUUUCAUCUCUAUUAACCAAAACACGUGCCAAAAAACUGACUACCUCUUCUGAUUCGAAACAUGUAACAUCUUCUACACGUGAUGACAUUGAUCAAUCAUUGCAUAAUUCAAGUUUUUCUAACAGUCAAAUAUCAAACAUGAUCUGGCCAACAGACGAACAAAAAUUGGUUGAUCGCUUUGUUGAAUUACAACAAUACGAUGGUCUAUGGAUGUUAACAGAGAAUGAUGUCUAUCAGUUGACGGGAAAAUCUCUCACUAUCUUCUCAUCAUCAGUGGUCGAAAAACUUGAGAAGAAUAGUCAACAAUCGAUAAUAACCACGGCAAUCGUGAUCAUCAUACUUGAAACUCGAUGUCUUGCUUUGAAAACACUUUGGCAAGCCUUAUCGAGCAAAGCAUAUAAAUGUUUGAAAGAAUUAUUGGAUGGAGACGAGUCCAAACUGGAACAAUUGAUGAAAGAUAUUCAUGAUCAACUUCAAUGA